UUGGUGCAGUUAAAACGCUUGGCAAAAUGAUUGAGUACUGUGUGUUAACAAGUGAACACCAUUGGACAAUAGUUAACAAUCACACAUCUUGGUGUUUUCCUGGAAUCGCCAAUGGUUAAGGAAAGAUACAUAUCUGUCGACUACGCUUAAACACUGGUAUUCAUCAUCAAACAUUAACGAUUACAGUUUUGACUUGUUCUAUGCGGAUGUGAUUAUUCGUAGUUGUGUUCACGUUUAUUGUGAAAUAUGAACUAUAUUACAGUUACUGUACUUCUUAACGGAAUAACGUUCGUAUUGUGUGACUGUGGCAGCCUGUCGGUCGUGGAGAAUUCAUCCAACAAUGCCACAGUGCAGGGCACAUACCCAGUCAACUAUGCAGUCCGCUUCACGUGUAAUGUGGGGCAUGAGCCAGACGGGACUGUCGUGUUUGUGUGCGGUGGCGGGGGCUGGAUCGGGGAGCUGCAGUGUCGGGAGGUCUACUGCCCAGCUCUAAACCCACCAGACAACGGAAGGAUUAUAGGCUCCCCUUCGUACAAAGUUGGCAGCUUUAUUACUUUCGAGUGCAAUGAGGGUUAUGAAUUGAAAGGAUCCAACCAAUUACUCUGCCGAACUAACUUACAAUUCGAUAGUUCGCCUCCAGUAUGCAAAGUGAAAAUGUGUACAGAAUUUGGGAUUGUUGAGAAUGGCAGAACUUUUCAAGAAAAUGCUGGAGGUAUAGAAAAUGACUACGAAAGUGUAAUUAAAGUCACCUGUAACUCAGGCUAUAUCAUACAUGGAACCUCUUAUGUGACGUGCCAGGCGGAUGGGACUUGGAGCAAUAGACCAACAUGUAAGGGAAUUUCGUGUCCACCAUUCAUAGGUAUGAACGCAACCUGUAUUGACAAGUUCUUACUCUACACUACUUUAUACUACAUGACCUGCAGUAAUGCUCCUAACACAAGAGUUGCCGGGACGACUGAAGAUGACCCGAACGUUUGUCAGAAUGAUGGAUCAUGGCAGUUUCAGGAGUUUGCCUGCUACUGCAGCUGUAACCUGACCAGUUACGACAGAAACAUCAUGAAGAUCGACAAUCUGGUACAGGGAUACCUGCCCCACGGGAAGGUGCUGCAGUGGUCGUGUAACCACGGCUGCACCAAAAACACAACUGACGACCUACAGUGUCUGGACGGAGUGAUGGCCAUGCCGGAGUGUAACUGCACCUUAACCACCGUAAUGACAACACCUGUCAGAACAGAUGGAAACUCUACUCUCAGCUCGAAGUUACCUCCCUUCACCUUAACCACCGUAAUGACAACACCUGUCAGAACAGAUGGAAACUCUACUCUCAGCUCGAAGUUACCUCCCUUCACCAAGGAUAUGACACCCGAUGGCAACACAAAUGAAAACUCUCCAAUGAGCCCGAAGCCUGCCGCCUUUCCAGUGUGGGCCAUCAUCCUUAUUGCUUUAGUAGUGGUCAUUUGAAUCGUGGGCAUUGGAAUAGGUUCUUAUCAGAAGUUGGUUGAUACAAAUCACAAUGUAGAUCAAUUAAGAGAUAUUUGAGAUAAUGCUAAAGCGGCAGUGAAAACAAAUGAUGCGAGUGUUUAUAUAAAUUGAUGAGACGAUUCUUAAGAGCAUCUGAAUCAACAAACUAAAAAGAGGAAUAACGUUCGUAUUGUGUGACUGUGGCAGCCUGCCGGUCGUGGAGAAUUCAUCUAACAAUGCCACAGUGCAGGGUACAUACCCAGUCGAC